GCAGCUCCUUUCAUAUUCAAGGUGCGGCUUCACUCAACAGGUGUCUGUUACGGCAUCCACAACGUCUCUUAACGGAUUUUAAAAAAACAUUUCUAAUAUAUUUUUGUGUUUAACCCAUUCAAAUCGGAGGAUUACAGAAACCGCGCUCUUUUUUUGGGAACAAUUAUAGCUCUUUGCCGACCUGUUGCUUCCAGACAUUAAACAGAUAUAGUUUCAGACUAGUUCAUCUUUUGAAGUUCAUUGUGAGAAGAUGGCAAAUAAAGGAAUGCAGCUCCUGGGAUUUACUCUGUCGGUUCUGGGUUUGAUUGGGCUCAUUGUUGGCACAAUCUUGCCUCAAUGGAAGAUGUCUGCCUACGUUGGAGAUAAUAUAAUCACAGCGGUGGCGAUGUAUCAAGGCCUUUGGAUGUCGUGCGCAUUUCAGAGCACCGGACAAAUCCAGUGCAAGGUGUACGACUCCAUCCUACAACUCGAUGGUGCUCUUCAGGCAACUCGUGCCCUGAUGAUUGUAGCGAUCCUUUUCACAGUAGCGGGACUGGGUGUGGCCAGCAUGGGCAUGAAGUGCACUAACUGUGGUGGUGAUGACAGGGUCAAAAAGUCCCGCAUUGCCAUGACAGGCGGUAUAAUCCUCAUUGUUGCAGCCCUUUGUAGCAUUGUUGCCUGUGGCUGGUUUACAAGUCAAAUCGUCCGGGAUUUCUACAACCCCUUCACACCUGUCAAUACAAAGUAUGAGUUUGGUGCAGCCAUUUUCAUCGCCUGGGCAGGUGCAUUCCUAGACAUAAUGGGUGGAGGCAUGUUGGCUGCCUCGUGCCCAAAGAGUAAACCAUCUCCCAAGUACCCCAAGUCCUCCAGACCCCCCAGCAGCAGCAGGGAGUACGUUUGAGUUCGGUUCUACAAGCUGAAGAAGUCCAUAAUGAAUCACGGAGCAUGUGCAGAAGUUUCCCUAGUCAGCUGAUCUGAGAUCUGUUUAGAUUGUAAUUUCUUUAAUUGUGGUUGACUUAGAAUAGAACAAACUACUCAGAUCAGUGUUCUCGGGCAACUUUUACUCGCGCUCGGUACAGCAGCCCACCUCAGAAAAAAAGGUCACUUCUGUUUUCUUUCUUUUGAAAAGCACCGUCUUUUUACUUCCUAUUUUGAAUCCUGUUGCUGAUUGUGAGUUUGGAAAGGGGGGUUCUUCCUCAGUGUGUUCCUCAUUUCAUAAGACUGCCAUGUUUAGUGAACAUGAAAGAAGGAAGCAUGCUCAGGGAAAAAUCACCACUCGUACCGCUCAGUUACACUGCAUCACUGCUUACUGCUGUAAAGCCAUGUCCUGACCUCACCAUCUGCCUUGCUUGCUGUGUGCAUCAUCUAAUGAAUUGUGCCAGACACUGAGGUGCAUGAGAAGAACAACAAGCAUUUAUUGUAUAUGUAUAUAUUUUAUUUUUUAUUUUUUUUUAAGAGUUAAGGCAUAAAUAUAAUUUCUAUUUCACUUUGCUGCAUGAUUUCCUGGUCCCUGUACCAUCAGACCGUCUCUUUUAACAAAUGCAAACGAUACUUCAUUUUAUACAAGUCAACAUCCUCUGAGGGAAGUUUUGUAUUGAACUUUUUUUUUUUUUUUUUUUAAAUGAUGUAUAAAAUUACUGAACUAGUCUAAGAGAACUUGUUUAUGUAAAGUAGUGUUAUACUGAUGACACUAGAAUAAAAUUGUAGGUGAAAAACAAAAGUUUGACUUGGUUUAGAUGAUGCUAAAGAUAAAGAAGGCACUAAACUUCAGUUUUGCAGAUUGGUCUGUUUCUUUUACUGAGCAACAUGAUCAGUGUUUUUUUUUUUUGUAAAUCAAAGAAAUGGCUCUUAUUUAUGCAAAGUUAAACUUAACCUUAGCUUUUGUGCUUCAGCUCCUCAGUGUCCUCCUUGUUGCAUGUGCACAUUUAUAAAGCUAAUGUUACAAAAUGUUUUGAUACUCCUUUCUUGUAUUUAUACAGUUUUAUCAUAGCUGGUUACAAAUUAGAGGUCACAUGAGGUCUUUUUCUAUCUGUCCACAACAUGAAAUCUUAACUCUGACCUUUUUUCUUUCUUUUUUUUUUUUCUUUCCUUUUUUGCUCUGGUCUUUGUGCUUGGACCACUUGAGAUGGGUUGCUCUUAAGUCUGUUUAGGAGUUUAAGUAAAUUUAGGUCACGUUAUAUUUGAUUUGUGACCAGCUUAUGCAAAUAUUUAACUUUUAAAAAUGUUUUUGACUGUUUAAGUUUGCAAAUUACACAUUUUAUGUAAAUAAACUUUUUUUUUAAA